AUGUCGGGCUCAGAACCUUUCCCGCUGCUGAACACGGCAAACGAUCAGCUGCAUCAGCGUCACCAAGCAACUUCGUCGGUGUCGGUCAGCAACACCACAGCCACCCAGGACGCCAUCAACAAUGCCCGAAAGCGACGUAAGAGCAGCGCUUUGGGCGGAGAGAUUCGAGGUGACACAGGUGCACCGGCAUUUGCUUCCAGUCGUGCCAGUCUCGAUGCUACUUCAGAUGGGCGAAAGCGCCUUUCGAAAAGACGUCGUGCUCGUGGUUUGAUCGCCCGAGCCAAACAGACAAUGAUCAAGCAUACUUGGGUCCUCCCUGCCAUCCUCCUCACCCUUUUCCUCGUCGGAUAUGCUUUCAACCCUACCGAAUCCAACCCUAUCCAUAACUUCAUCUUCCUGUCCUACAAGCUGCCACAAGAUGAUUUGAGUGCGCCAGCCCAGUACGGAAAGGGUCGCUGGGAUCUCGCCUUUGUCUCGUUUUACACAAUUGUCUUGUCUUUCACCCGCGAGUUCAUCAUGCAGGAGCUCCUUUCACCUCUGGCCCGUUACUAUGGUCUCAGUCGUGGCAAAAAGGCUCGUUUCAUGGAACAAGUCUACACUGCUAUUUAUUUCGGCGUCCUUGGACCCGUUGGUCUCUGGGUCAUGAGCCACACUCCUGUGUGGUACUUCAACACCUACGGCAUGUACGAUGGCUUCCCCCACCUAACCAAUCUGGCACCUGUCAAGUUCUACUACCUUUUCCAGGCCGCCUACUGGUCCCAGCAAGCCAUUGUUCUUCUUCUAGGCAUGGAGAAGCCUCGCAAGGAUUUCAAGGAGCUCGUUGGGCAUCACAUUGUUACCCUUGGGCUCAUUGCCCUGAGCUAUCGCUUCCACUUCACUUAUAUCGGUCUGGCCGUCUACACCACCCAUGAUAUCAGUGACUUCUUCCUGGCUACAUCCAAGACACUCAACUACAUCGAUUCUCCCCUCGUAGGCCCUUACUUUGGAGUAUUCAUGAUGGCCUGGAUCUACCUGCGCCACUACCUCAACCUCAAGAUCAUCUGGUCACUCUUUACUGAGUUUGAAACUGUCGGACCUUUUGAGUUGAAUUGGGAGACCCAGCAGUACAAGUGCCGUAUCGCCCAGGUCAUUACUGCCUCUCUUUUGUGCGCUCUUCAGGCUCUGAACCUCUUUUGGCUCUUCUGUAUCGCGCGAAUUGCCUGGCGAUUUGUCAGCCAGAACGAUCUUCAAGAUGACCGAUCCGAGGAUGAGGAUGACGGUGAGAUUGAGGAUGACGAGGUUGCCAGCCCUUCUUCCAAGGCCAACGGCAGCACAAAUGGCCAUGCCAAUGGUCAUGCAAACGGCAAGACCGCGGCAGACAUGAAGAAUUAGAUGCAAAGGCAUCUCAAAAUGGCAUCAACGACUGCUGAAGGCAGAACGCCGGAAGAGAGAAGUUCAUGAUUCUUCACUGUCAAAAAAGUGAUUGGAAAGUAAAGAUCAGGUUGAGACGAAUUAAUGGAUCAGCAUAAUAUUUAUGACCACAGCGAAGGGGGCCCACGAAAACGGAGGCGUAUAAUUGAUUGCACCUCUCCCUUUUGAGAGUAUGGAAGGGGGUGAUUUAGAUCGAAUGGUGACGGAGUUCAAAUGGGAGUGGUUGGAUCUCACAGUCGCUUUUGUAUCAAACAUGCCGGCGUCCCGAGAGAAUCCGCGUUAUCCGGACUAAUCAACUGUUCUGUUGCGGUAGGUUGCCGAGUUGGACGACAUACAUGCGUUGACUUGCUUUGUCGAUGCGAGGAGGCAUGGAUGUCGCUCUUGGGCCAAGAAGUGAGGAGGUUCUUGGACAAACGUCCAGACCAGACACCGUUGAUAUGGGAUGGGGUCUUUCACCUAUAUUAUAUGUGCGACACUCCUUCUGGCCUCAAACAACCCGCCUGCAGCAGCAGUACACCAUCUCUCUCGGGCCAUGUAUUUACACAUGCACAUAUUCUUGUACAAUCACUUACCAAUAUCUAUACGAACACACUUAAUAAUACUACCACCUUGACGCUCG